GGCAGAGUUUGGUGACAGUGAGGUCAGGGUGCAUAGACUGAGACUACUAAUUGCUAUUUCUGGUAGUUCGUGACAGAUAUAACCCCUCAACCCCUCACCUGGCUUCCGUCCGACACAUUCUGCAGAUUGCACCCACUUUGCACUUCCCAGGCUCAUCUCUACAUCAAACUACAAUGGGCAAACCUACACAACCUGAAGCACCAGCUGCUACUUCCAACGAUACGGCUUCUUUAUCCUCGUCAGCGAAAAACGCCAUGCCUGCCGGCGCGCCGCCGCCCAUGCCUCCACCUCCUUACUUCAAAACACAAUUCAUCGAUCCGAGCUCUUUCAAAUCCGCUGUCAACGACAAGCUCGACCAACCCCUUUUGUCGCUAUUUCGCCUUAGUGUACGGAUACUCCAGCUCAUUUUCGCGUUGGCCUCAGGCAUAUCCUAUGCUAUUGAGUUGUCGCACGGCAAUGGACGCGGCGAAGCAUCAGGGAGCUUCGUAUUCUCGCAAGUUGCGUUUGGCGCUACAAUCGUCAUGCUCAUCAUCAACGGCUUGACUGUGCGGUACUAUCGCAUCUCAUGGAUUUUUGACUGGAUCCUCACGGUAUUCUGGUUUGCAGUGUUUGCCGUUUUCUUCAAGGUCUAUAUGGGAGAUGCCAUGACGCAAGCGUAUGAGGGAGUCAAUCUCGGACGUAUGAAACGAGCUGUCUGGUGUGAUCUCAUAAAUGCGCUGCUGUGGUCGGGGAGUGCACUCUUCUCCACAACGAUGUGUUGCUCCGGCAUGAAGGCGUCUAUCAAAGGGAAGAUUCAGAACAGAAGACAGAGGAAGGAGAAGGUGAAGAUGAUGCAGACGCUAGGCCAGAUGGAGACAGGAACUAUUCAGACAUAACAGUACCUAGAAGCCAACAUGUAACGUUCAGCACUUCGUAGGUAUAUCACCAGCUGCAUAAUUAAGCAACUCUCUCAAGCAAUUUUUUUGUCGACUCGGAUUCGCCUUCAGCCACGAACUUAUCACCGUCCGGGUAAUAUGACGGGCAAUCACAGCGAUGACCCUGCCGGGUGUAUUCGCUACCGCGAUCGUAUGAGUACUAACGUUG